CACGACCUUGUCCUACCCCAGUGGUAUAUGGCUGUCCGGUACUAGUCUAUGGUGUUUUUGGAUUAACUGAACCGUCUGAAAGCAAUGUUUUGUAAAUAUACAUGCAUAAAAAUGCCUACAAAUUAUUUGUGUUAAAAUAUUAUAAUAGCUUGACAAUGUACUGUAAACAGAAGAUUGUAAUCAUGGCGUGGAGGAAUAUAAGCAGGCAGUGCGAGCCCCUGCUGAAGGCCGGCGGCCCCCGGAAUGCCCGGUGCUGCCACCUGGGCGUCCUGCGGAGACCUUGCCGCCCGGGCGUGGGCGCUCUGCGGCUCGCCAGCUCCUCCGCGGCGUUGCCACCCGUCCCGGAGCCCCCGCCCGUCCCCGAUGUGCCGGAGGCGGUGGCGGAGCUGGCUGUGGCCGCGGGGGAGCCGAGCUUCGCCAGCAUGGGCCUGGGCGGGUGGGGUCCUGUCGGCAUCGUGCAGAACUGUCUGGAGUACCUGCACGUCGACUGUGGCGUGCCCUGGUGGGCCUCCAUCGUCAUAGGGACCGUGGUGGUGAGGAUGGCUCUCUUCCCGCUGGUCAUCAAGGCCCAGAGGAAUGCGGCGAAGAUGAACAACUACAUGCCCCAGCUCCAGGUCCUGCAGAUGAAGAUGACGGAGGCCAGGGAGACCGGCAACCAGCUCGAAGCUGCUCGAUAUACUCAAGAAUUGGCACACUUCAUGAAGCAAAAAGGACUGAAUCCUUUUAAGAACAUGCUGGUACCCUUGGCUCAGGCACCGGUGUUCAUCUCGUUCUUCGUGGGCCUGCGUGGAAUGACCAACGUGCCGGUGGACAGCAUGAGGACGGGAGGUCUCUUCUGGUUCACCGACCUGACGGUGCCGGACCAGUACUUCAUCCUGCCGAUCAUCACAAGCGUCACCAUGUACCUCACCAUCGAGCUGGGCACAGAUGGAACCAAGCUGUCCACGUCCAACUUGCAGACCAUGCGCUACGUCUUGCGAGCUCUCCCAGUCUGCAUUCUGCCCUUCACCAUCAACUUCCCCGGGGCAAUUCUGUGUUACUGGACAUCAACAAACUUUAUUUCUUUAGUUCAAGUUUUAUUCUUGAAGAUUCCUGCAGUAAGAGAGUAUUUCAAGAUUGAUCCUUUAAUUCGCCACAACCCAGAUACACUGCCUGUUAAACCCAAAGGUUUUGUCGAAGGCAUAAAGGACACAUGGACUAACUCUAAAAUCGUGAAAGAGUUGGAAGAUAGGCGUAGAGUGGACGAGUUACAGUUUCAGCGUGCAGGAAGAGGUGCUGUCCAGAAAACAUACUCGUUUGACCCAACAAAACCAAGUCCGACUUUACCCAAAGGACAACUAGUUGUCAGUGCCAAGAAGAAAGAGUGAUUAUUUUGCUGGAAGAAUAGUAUGCGACUUUGGAACGACACUGAUAAACUUUUCAGCGUCACAACCUGAGAACUUUCUCAAACGUGCUUUCAUUCAGUGAGUUGAAACAUUGUAGCACUAAAAGAAAUUACACAUUUAUUUAUAAAAUG